GUGAGACACGAAUGUUUGAGGAGGUUCCUAUUCUCAGAGCUUUACUUGAUCAUCAUUAAUAAAAAGCUUGAGAACAUUCAGUCUUUGAUUUAGUGAUUACAGCGUAAGAUACUGUUACUGUUUAUAUUUGUGCAUAUAUUCAAUAUAGUGUUAUUCUUUAAAAGUUCUUUUGGCGUUUCGCCAAGACUAAAUCUGUCCUAAACAAGGUGCAGUGAUGGUAGUUUCAGCAAUGAAUCCUGCAAAUGACGGAAAUCUUGAUGAUCAGUGAAACCAAUAACUGUACUCUAAGUUCAGGCCAGGUCUAUUCAGCACCUCACUUUCACAAAACAUCUGACGUGCUGCUUAUAUUGUAAAGUAGAAAUGUACAAGUGCACAAUAAUUUCUUUUCAAAAACAAGAACUACUGCUAACAUCCUCCGGCAGCAUUUAAACGUUAAAUGAGAGCAGUACCUGCCAAUCGUCUAAAUCUUUCGGGAUCUCUGACACGUUACCGUGUGUACACACAUGAUUGAUCGUACCAUAGACCAAUGAAAAAGUGAGCGUUAGUCUUGUAGCGAAUCAUCAAGUAACUAGAUUCUAAUUUUGCGCCAAUCAGAUUGCUGUUGUUGUUGGAUGCACCCAAUCCCAGCAGGAGGGUGGGUUCUCGUUGAAGGAGCGCGAACGGUUAAGGACAGACAGCUAAGGGAAAAUGGCGGAGGUGACGUGAGUAUAUGGAAGUAACGUUAUCUGGGGUUCCCAAAUGUGUUUAGCAAUUUAAAUGGGCGCAUGUUUAUUUUGUAGACCUUUUUAAGUAAUUAUGUCACACAGACAGAUUAUUAGCUUUUCACUAACUAGCUAGUUCCGUUCUGUGGCGUCGUUGGACUCAGAUGGGUAGAACCGUCAGAUGGAUCGGGUUUCCUGAUCUGGUAUCUCCGGGUUUGAAGUCGACGCGGACACACGGACCCGUUUUCAUGGGUCGCUGAGUGACGGCUAUGGCUUUACACAACUUGGUUUUUGUCAUCGACGUGGACCUCGGACAUGGAGAACCUGUCGUUCAGCCGAACGAACGGAACCAUUUUCUGAAACGAGGAAUAUUACAGAUCCUCCUGCGUUUUGGCUACAAAUAUGGCUUUGAUAAAGUUCGCUGGGGCUAUAGGUUCUUCCAGUCCAAAGCGGGCCGUCGUGCCAGGCUGGUGUCAAGGGCGUCGGAUUUCAAGGAGCUGCGGUACAAAACGUUUGAGGACUUUGAAGCAGAGUUUGAAGCCAAGUUUGACGUGAAUGGUAAAAUGAGUCCUGCUCAGCAGAAGCAGCCAUCCAGUCAGUCCACGGCGGUCCAGAACGCACUCAAAGAAACCUUGUUGGACUUCCAGUGGGACCGACCAGACAUCACAUCUCCCACCAAAGUGUGUCUGAGGCCCAGGAAGUCCAGCCGGGCUGGACAAGCAAGCGUUUCACGGGAGGACGAUGGUUCCGUCAGUGGGAGGAAUGUGGUGUUUGUGGUCGCAGAGUGUCCACAUUCCUGGGCUCAGCUUGUGGACUACCUGUCUGUCCAGAACCAGGACACCCGUCCCGAUGUGACGGACAGCAUUAUCUCCAGGGGUCUUCAGGACAUGCUCCUUCAACGACUGGUUGUGCUGAAUUGGAUUGACAGCAGAUCACAUGUGCAGAUCUCAAAGUGUGUGGACUUCAUGGGCUCAGACAAAGUGUGUGAGGUCCUGGCUCUGGUAGGUGGCCGACUGAUCCCAGUGAUCGCCCUGCUGGAUCUUUGCAGUCAGACACCACCCUCCGGUGUAGGAGGAGAGGCCUUUGCGUUUACGUCCAGCAUGGGAUACCUGCUGUCUCCUGAAAGGCUCUACCGCCUGGCCUUUCCUGUCACGGGGGCAGUUCUGCACUGGGGACAAGGGAACCUGACACGCAGCUGUAGCCUCACAGUGGAACCCAUGUCUCUCAAACAGCGCAUUCCUGUGCAGUCUGUGGACGUGUGUGUGAAAGCAGUGCUGCAGGGCUGGGAUGCCUCCUCCCUCACGCACACCUCCACAGAGUCGUGGAUGCUUCACAGCUCCAGCAUCUGUGAUCAUGGAGCAUUUACCUUCCAGCACCUCCUGAUGGAACUGUCUGCUCAUUCUCUGCACAUGCUUGCUGAGGUGAAUGACGGCGAUCUGGUGUGUUCAGCUGUACUCUCCCCGUUGUCACAGUCCACAGCUCUGCUCACUAUUCUUCAGCCUGGGGUCACUCAGUGUGAGCAGAUUCUGACCACUGACCUCAUGGCUCCUGCCGCCGCAGAAACGUCAGCCGACCUGCCAGACGUUGUGAGCAGUGUCCUUGGUGUAGUGUAUGAAAUCAUGGAAGAAGAUGGUUACAGUUCCGAUGAUAAACUCAAGGAUCCUCCGGUUCCUGAUUGGGCUCAGCAGGAGUUGAACUGCUGUCCCCUGACAACAAGUGUGUUGGAGACUUGGUUUCCACAGUCAGACCAGUCAGGAGUGAGCUCUCAUUUAAUGGAGUCAAUGAAGUUGCUGCAUGCAGUGCCAGAAAAGAGAGAGGAUGAAGAGUUGUUUGUCCUGCAGCAGCAGCUGAUGUGUGACCUGGCUGAGCUUUACCAGACAUCACCGGGUCCAGACCACAGGAGGGCCAAAAAGCGUGGCGCCCAGCGCACACCAGUGAAACAGAAGAUGAAGACCAUGAGCCGCUCACUGCAGAUGCUGAAUGUGGCAAGACUAAAUGUGAAAGCCCAGAAGAACCAGGCUGAAGAUGAGCAGCUGGGUCCAGUCAAAGCAGGGAAAAGACGCUCAAGUGACAAAAACUAUUGUGAAGGGGCAAACACAAUCAGUUUUACCACUGAGGCACAGCUGCUUUCCCAUCUGAAGGCCAGUUAUGAAAAGACUGCGGCAGAGAGAGACUCGUCCCUCCUCACUGGUGUCCAGCAGCUUGUGUCUGCUGUCAGAACCUUCUUCGUUGCAAAUUCAGACGUUGAGGUAAAGACCUCAGAGUUUGUUAAGCAGCACCUCCUCAAGACCAGCAAAUCACUAAGGCAGUUCUAUGGCACAUGCAGUGAUGUUGAUAGCAAAGUUAAAGAGUGCCAGCUUCAAGCAGUGCUGCGGCUGGAGUUGUGCAGAGUUUUGUCUUUGGCGCAAUCUGGCUCACUAGAUGGUGAUCAGAUGGCAGAAGAGGUGGCUGAAAUGUUGAGGAUCAUCUCUCUAACUAAAGACCCAGUUUGCAUGACAAGGUUCCUUCAGGAUGAUGUUCUCCCAGCCUUCCUGACCACUGUCCCCAGGGUGCUUGCAGACAUCUACCACAGUCUGGGCACUCAGCUUCCUGAGGCGCUGGUGGCCGUUCUGCCUGCUGACUUUUUCAGUGAUGAGUCUGUUGCCAAGGACAGCAUUUCCCCUUCUGCCUCCUCACCUCCCUCCCUCAGCCUGGCUUUGGACAGCAAGGAUGGUCUGCAGGACCUGCGGAAUCGCUCCGCUGGCAAAAAGAGGAGUGCAUUGCUCACUCGUCAUCGCAGUGUGACCGAAUCAUCUCAGACUCUUCGCCAAGUUGAGAUGCCCAAAAAGAUUACAAGAGCUUCUAAAUCAACGGUCUCUGUUGCCUUGGAGAAACCUGGAGAAGUUCACAAGCAAGAAACACAAGAGGUGACUAAAGUGAGACGAAACUUGUUCAACCAAGAGCUGGUCUCACCGUCAAAGACAGCCAAGCUGCCUAGGAGCCAGUCUGUGUCUGCUGUGGAAGGGCUGAAACGCAAGCGAUCUCAUGAGUCUGAAGAGAGACACAAACUUCUAACAAAGAAGGUGUGUGAGACCCCCCAACACAAGCAAGUGUCCAGUCGCCUCCUGUAUCGUCAGAAAAUUGGAAGGAACUCUGUUCCAGCUGAGGAGUGCGUUGUGGAGGAGUCCCCAGUAAAACCUGCAGAAGAACUAAGGAGAAGCCCAAGAAUAAAGCAGUUUACAAGACGACACUCAAACACGUUCUAUUCAAGUUCUCAGCCUCGCUCCCGUAACCUGGACAGGGUUCUUUCUGCAUCCCAGCUUACCCUCAGCGAUGGCAAAGUCAGUGGGGUCAACGUAAAGAGGGUUCGCUCUCCCGUGCGUCUUCUCUUUGGUGCUGCUGACUCCCCCAGUCGUGAAACUAGAGCCACAAGGUCACGACUGCCCAUAGACUGUUCUGUGUUUGAGAGUCCAAAUAAAACCCCAACAAAGUCGCUGAGCAAACAUAGUACGGGCACUGUUGGAAGUAGAACACCCAGGACCCCUCGUACACAGCAACACCUCAGAACCCCACCUUCAUCAAGGACGCAUGUUUUCUCUGUUGGAGAGAGUCCUGGGCCCCAUUCUGAUGAACUUGGUAUGGCUCUGAGGGGGGCUCCUUUCCGAUCUCCAGCUGGAAAGACACCCACUAAACAAAGCCCUACACGGAGCAAGCUGAAAGGUAUUCUCAGAACUCCAGUUAAAGCUUUGUUUGACAGCCCCUCUGGAUCAUGUCUACUCAAGAGCCCAAUAUCCAGGACUCCUAAGAAGAGUGUCACAUGGUCUCCAUCGCCACAAAAACAUAAAAUGAGGGAAAACAGCCCAACUUUCAAGGUACCGGAGUCACCUUGUCUUGUUUCUCGCAGUUCUCCCCGAUUGCUGAAGACACCCAACAAGUUCAGUCCUGUAAGAAGUACAAACACUAAAAGAGACAUUUUCAAGACCCAAGAUCAGGUCAAUCAUGUAAACACGGGCAAUGUUUGUGAAAAUGCAAAUGAUGAAAACAGUCAGCCAUCCUCUAAAAAUCUUCACAAGAUGAUAACACCUGAAAAAAAUGAAAUAUCCUGUGUAGGGGAAUCCACACCACCUGAAGGACCCCACCUGCUACCUAAACCUAGGACUCACAGUCCUACUCACCAGAUGGUUACUCGCUCUGGAAGAACCCCUGCUAAAAACAUUGUUUCCUCAUGUAACCCAGAAUCUACCCCAGAAGGACGUUCUCCUGUUUCAGAUGGAUCACAUAAUUCUCCAAAAUGUCUGACAAAAACCAGGUCUGGCUACGGAAUUAGAACCCCCAAGCGUAAGUCAGUGUCCCAGUCUGUGGAACGUGUUCUGUCCAGUCUAAAGACAGAGUGUGCUGAGGUCUCUCACCAGAGGAAGAACAUGCCCAUAGAUCCUAAAGAUGAAGUACAGGCUGAACAUUCCCCGUCAUCUGAAACAGACACAGAUUCACGACACUUGGACUCCUCACUUUUCACCUCUGCAUCCACCGAUGACAGCCUGGACAUUGUUGAUGCAGCAGUUGUAAAGACCCAGUUUAGUGGCGGUCUCAAGAUGAGCAUCACCUUUUCACGAAAGCCUUCAAAGUCCGGUGAAGACUUUCCCUUGAAGUUGGACUCCUCUAACCUGCCAGGCCAAGGCACGCCCGGGCGGAGCUAUGGCUUCCGGCAGACCCCGGAUCGUCAACAACGAGAGGCCGCUGCGCGCUUGGGGUACAGUAAGGAUUCUCCUAGGUUUUCUACCCCCAGAGGCCCUCUGAGAACCAGCCAGCACAGGGUCGUGGCUGCUCCAAACCCGCUGUCUUACCAAGUUGAGAUGGAGAUGCAGAAAUCAGGACUUCCAAAGCUCAAAAUCAAACGCUCGGAUUCAAUGAGUGCUAGUGAUUUGGCCCCAGAUGGAGGUCCUCGGUCAGGUGCUCAGAGUCCAAUAGUUGAUGUAAAACCCUUUCAGCUGGAUAGCCCCUUGGCUUUUUUUCCUAAACACAGAGAUCCUGGCUGUGUAUCACCAUCUGUCUGUACUCAUCUCACCCCAGCCAAGAGCACACCUGGAAAAGGUGGAAGUGUCCAAACAUAUAUUUGUCAGUCCUACACACCUACGCACUGCUCUGGGGGAACGGCGUCUCCAGUGGCUGUUGCAGAGAUCAUUCCCUUGACUCCUUCACCUCAAAGUGUAGGAAAGGUCACGCCAGACAACCUCAACAGCUGGCCUCGCAGGAAGAGAGCUCACGUUGGAGUGGUUGGAGGCAAAGAUCGUUGCCUGAAGGGGGAGCCUCUCCUGGAAGAGAUGCUGGAGGAGGCUGAGCUUGGAGUUAGCAGAUUGCAGGACUUUGAGGACACUGACGAACCCUCAGACAAGCCUGCAGUAGCACACGAAGGCCUGUACUGGAUGGAGAAGGCGGGUCCACACACUGACUGCCCCGAUCCUCAGUCAGCUGAAGAACAGAUCUCCUGGGCUGCAGGAAAUGUCACAUCAAUAGCGACCCCUCCCAGCUCUAAGGUGAGGAAGUCGGUGACAGCGAGUGGGAUUUUGGCCUUGACUCAGUCCCCGUUGUUGUUUAAGGCCAAAGCUGGUUCUGCUAGUAAGAGGGUGCCAAAUGUUAAAGGUCAUUUCCUAAAUGUUGCAGAGGAGGCUGCUUCAGGCAGGAGUGUAGAAGUGGAUGGAGUCGACAUCAGCCAGCCAAUCAGACGCUCCAACACAGGGAGGACCUGCAGCAGAAAGAGGUUGCUUCAAUGAACCACAAACAAACUGCUUCUGUUCAGAACGGCUUCUUGGCGGAAACUGAAGCAUGAAUGGUCCAUUCAGUUGUUACGAACACUAAAGCGUCUGACAUGUUGUGCUUAUUGUUUUAGUCAGUGCCGUUCAAGAUAUGAAGUUAAAUGUGGGGUUUAAAAUUGUCUAUUGUUCCUAUUUUAAUCAAAUGUUUUAAAAUCAAGUCAGAACUCAAAUAAUUAUUGCUGUUUAUUUAUCAUUUUGUCUUGUCAUAAAAUUGCUUUUAAGUGAAAGGUAAUGAUUACUGUAAUUCAUAGUGUAAAUAUGUUUCUACGGUGUAAAUAAAUGUGUUUUUUUUCUUAAAUAGA